AUGCUCUACGAACUGGUAGCCGUGGUCCGGCCGGGCAACCUUUCUCAUGUCAAAGAAAUCGCUCGGAUUGCAGGCCAGCAAGUUCUCGAUAAUAGAGGUGUGAUUCGUGGCCUAAAGAACUGGGGACAGUUCGAUCUCCCUCGCCCAACGACGAAACAUCAAACCCAGCACCACCAAGGGCAUUACUUCAUCAUGCAAUUCGACGCUCCAGUCAAGGUUCAGCAAGAAGUUCGGCGGAUGUUGAGUCUCGACCCGCGUAUGAUUCGGUUUUCUGUGGUCAAGAUUGGCGACAAAUUGGGUGGCGUAAAUGGUGCGAUCGAGGAACAGACGGGUGAUAUUCCCUGGAAUUCAACAGCACAAAGCGCAGACGGGCUGUCCGGCGCACUUUUCGAGCCCAAGUGGGUGAGAGGCUUGUCGCAGUGA